AUGCUAGAGGAUACUAGUGAAAAUUUUCAUCACACUAGUCAAGAUGAAUUUAAUAAAAUAGUCCCGUGGUCAAAGAAGGUUGAUUUACCGCAGAUAACAUAUAGGGCGACAGUCGUUGGUUUAUUUAUUGGAUCGAUAGUGUUGGUUUCUAAUUUUCAAUUUGGCUUACAAACUGGUUGGGUUUCUAUGAUGUCAUUACCUUCUGCAUUAUUGGGGUUUGCUAUUUUUAAGAUGUCUCCAUGUUCCAAGUCAUUUACUGAUACAGAGAAUGUUUUUGUCCAGAGUGUUGCCGUUGCAGUGGGGACUGGACCACUAGCAUAUGGCUUAAUAGGAAUUAUACCUGCGAUUGAGAAGUUCUUAACAGAGGAGGAAUCGGGAUUAGGAAUCAAAUUACAAUUAUCUUUAACACAACUAAUGAUAUGGUCCAUGGGAUUAGCCUUGUUUGGUGUGUUUUUUGCAGUUCCGUUAAGAAGACAAGUUAUCAUACACGAGAAAUUACCAUUCCCAUCUGGAAGUGCUACUGCAACUUUGAUAUCGGUGUUGCAUGGGACAGAAAUGUACAACGAAGAUAAGAUUCUUAUGGAGAACGAAGUUUCGGAUAAUACUAAACAAGUAAAUACAUCUGAAGCUAUUGUAAGCUCUUCAAGGGAUCUGCAUGAUAGUUUCCCGGACUUAAAUGGUGUUGCAACGUCCGAAGAAUUAAAGAAAUUGGUUGAUGCGGAAUCAUAUAGGUCAAAUGUUAAAGCUCUAUUAUACACUUUCACGGUAUCAGCAUUAUAUACAUUGCUAUCAUAUUUUGUUCCUAUAUUGAGAAACUUGCCAAUAUUUGGUUCAUAUCUUUCAAAGAAUUAUAAAUGGAAUUUCCAACCAUCACCAGCAUACAUUGGUCAGGGUAUUAUAAUGGGAUUGCCAACCGUUUCAUAUAUGCUCUUUGGUGCUAUAUUAGGAUGGGCGAUAUUAGCGCCUCUUUCUAAACAUGAGGGAUGGGCACCAGGUGAGAUUGAUAAUUGGGUCAGUGGAGGUCAAGGGUGGAUAUUGUGGAUCAGUUUAAGUGUUAUGAUAAGCGAUUCAGUUGUUUCAUUCAUGGUAGUUACCUGUAAAUCGAUAUCAAGUGGAGUUAACAGGGCUAAAGAAUUUAAUAGAAGAAGAAAUCUUCAUUAUGAACGAAAUGUUGAAAUGCAGCAAUCACUAUUAGAUGAACAAUCGGAACUGGAUUCUUAUGAAACAGGAAGCGAUGAUUACAUGUCUGAAUCACGGGCGUCAAUUCUAAUCACGCCUGGUGAGGUCGACGUGGAUCCGCAACACCUCGUUAGUUCAAAGGUGACUUUAUUCGGUAUAAUAAUAUCUUCUAUUAUUUGUAUUAUUGCCGUUAGAUUAGUGUUUGGAUCUGUUGUACCAUACUACGCUACAAUAAUUGCAAUAUUCUUGGCACUCUUUCUUUCAGUUAUGGGUGUUAGAGCUCUUGGUGAAACCGAUUUGAAUCCAGUCAGUGGCAUUGGCAAGCUUUCACAAUUACUUUUUGCGUUGAUUAUUCCUUCAGAUCAUCCAUCCAAAAUUUUGAUUAAUUUGGUUGCAGGAGGGAUUGCUGAAGCCGGUGCUCAACAAGCAGGAGACUUAAUGCAAGAUUUGAAAACUGGUCAUUUAAUAGGUGCUUCACCAAAAGCUCAGUUUGUUGCUCAAUUAAUUGGAACUGUUUAUUCUGUAUUUUUAAGCAGUGUGAUGUAUAAAGUCUAUAACAAGGUUUACCAAAUACCGAGUGAUUUAUUCAGAGUUCCGACUGCUAUAAUCUGGAUAGAUUGCUCAAGACUAGUCACUGGAGACGGUCUACCUCCAAAAGCAUUUGAAUUUUCUAUCUUUUUCGGCCUUAUCUUUGCGGCUAUAUCUUUGGCUAAGAAUCUUACUCCUAGAACGUCAAAGUUCUACAAAUAUUUAGUUUAUCUACCAAAUGGAGUAGCUGUCGGUAUUGGAAUUUACAAUACGCCUAAUUUUACAAUUGCAAGGUUUAUUGGUGGUGUACUAGCCUACUGGUGGAUUAACCAUAAGCCUCAAUCGCAAAACGAUUCUGAUAAUAAGAUUGGGAUGAUUAUAUUUAGUAGUGGUUUGGUUUUAGGGGAAGGUCUUUUGAGUGGGUUUACCAUGAUAUUGACAAGCUUGGGAGUUAAGCAUUUUUAA